AGUGGAUAAUAAUUUCUUUUGCGUGGUCCAAAAUUUUCUUGUCUUGUAAUUCCGGACAUACUGUUCUACUUGUGCACCACCAUAGCACAGAAAACGCGCAUCUGUCCAGUUUCUUUUUAAUAGACUCCAUUUCUACUGUAUGGCCAGAGAUACUUAAGACUAUUGUUCUCAAUACAAGGGAAAUACGUCGUCGUGUCUCCUUCUCUCUUCGUUCUCUCUGUGUUGGCUUGCCAUCGCCUCGGCUGAUCCGUUGUUAAGCGAGCAGUGUGAUUGUGGUGCAGUGAGUGUUUUUCGGAAAGAUUCGCGUUUCCGAAAUGACAGCGCUGCGUGGAGGUGAAGCCGGCACUGUCAGCAGACGACCCUAAGUUUAUUACGGUUAUAUAUCCUUAUUAUCCCCCUACCAAGUGUACAUAUACACAUCCCACGGUUAAUAGCCGGCAAUUGUGUGCAAAGUGUGGCAAAGAUAAGAGGCCGCACGAGUUCACUCAUUCCUUAUCUGUCCCGUGUUCACAUAUAUAUUAUCAGAGGGAUGCAUAAUAUAUUCUUCAGAUUAUUCAGCCUUUGGCUGACAUGCAUAUAUUCGCUUUCAGUACAGGCGUUCCCGGUUCAGAAUUUGCACAGUUUACCUAUACGACCAAGGAGAGCUCUACAAAUAGAUUCUAUUGCGGGUGAUGAAAGUGCUGUACUAGCCCACCAGCUAGAUUUCCUGGAAAUUAAACCCCCUUCCCACAUGGAAACCUUCGCACACGAAUCCGUGACCUUAACCUGUCAGGCCGGCGGUAAUCCCCCACCGACCAUCCACUGGCUGAAGAACGGCAUCCCCAUCAUCCAGAGCUCCUUCGAGAACAGUGAACUGCUACUGGAGCAGUUAUCGGGGCGCGGUGGCGGCGCUUCCGGGCUGGACGAGACGGAGGCCAACAGUAACACCCCGGUGAUUGGCAUCAGCUCUACCCGCUCCCGUCUCUUCCUGGACUGUCUACAGCCCAAGGACUCGGCUAUCUAUACAUGCGUAGCCGAGACUCCCUAUUCCCGGAUCAGCACCGACACCAAACUAAUUGUCGCAGAUGGGCCCAAUAAAUUAGGCGGAAGUGAGUGUAUAGAGAAGCGGAGUAGCAGUACUGGCUACGGGAAGCCGGCGCGGAUAACAAUGUGGACGGACACCCGAAUGGAACUCACCGGCGCUGACGUCAAGCUGUUUUGUCGUGUAUCCGGAACACCCACACCCCAAGUCGCCUGGGAGCGGGCCGAGGACGGAGAGGUCACCCCGGAAGUAAUACAUAAUGAUGCCAGGCAUAAGAUUCUUCCCAACGGAGAUCUUAUAAUAAAGAACGUUAGCUGGGAAGAGGACAUGGGAAGGUUUAUCUGUGUUGCUCAGAACAGUUUAGGCAUUGAUAAGGCCAAGAUGUUCCUUUAUCCGACUCCUGGGCUCUGACACCGGCUCAGCUAAUCCAGAGUGCGGAGCAGCACACGAGUCAGACCUUAUUCUUAGUCCUGAAUGUGAAAAGAGAUUUUGUUCCGAGUGCCCAAGUUUUUUGUUUUUCGUUACGAGAAAGCGGCGGUGAUAAAUUAUCCCUGAGAAACUAACAAGAGAUGACUACCACGCACUGCAGUCUGGCGCAUCUUUAUACUCCCUUCCCUACGGCCCCAGUGUUCGCCCGCGUUCGCCCAUUCCUUAGCCUCUCCCCUGUUUGAAUAUAAUCCGUAUUCUGAGCAGAGAUGGUUUGAAAGUGCACACCACUGCAAUGGAAUAUCCUAUUACUCCAGCCCCACAUUUGGCAGAAAUCCCUCUGGAGUACACUCCUUGUGUAUAAAAAAUGUUGACCAACAACGGCCUCUGCACCCUAUAGAAAGGGAUAUGAAUACUACGGAAAAUGUCGUCCGGCAACAAAGGUCACGGAUCAAAUAUGCAUACAGGGCACACUCUAUUUAUAUCUCGCUAUUUUACCGGCACACUUCAAUACUCACCUCACAGUAUUCUUAUCGACACUCCUCUCUGCUCGGCAUCUGCGGUAUUAUGAUCUCUCAGAAAAUUAUUUGUUAAUAUAUAAUUAAAUAAUAAUCCUUUUGUCAGUUCUGUGAAUGUCUGUAUAGAUACUUUAUGUAAGGCUAAGGUAUUGCUGGCAAAUUUUAAAGCACAAAUCUUCACACAAAGAUGCGCUUCGUAUACUUUGUGGUCGGCCAUGUAAAGUGUGGAUUUUAAAUGUGUGUAUAUAUGCUAAUUGGAAAAUAUUUUGGUGUCUUAUUUUUCUAAAACCUGACGCUGUUGUGGGUACCUUCUUUUCCGAAGGAACUGUAAUGGACUUUGGCUAGCAUUAUGUUCUUCUUGUCUUUUUUGCAUGUGCGACUGCUUGUCACGAGGAAUUUUGUUGACGUUGUUGUACCGGAAGCCCGCGUGCCCCUGCUUUAACCGGUUGACGGUAGCCUCCAAUGUAUAAUAAUAAUAUAAUAUAAAACUGCAAUUUUACGGAUCCGAGAUUCAGCUGACUGGACUAUUUACUGGGCCGUCCGCUGUUAUUGUUUAAAAUCUCGCUGCACUUGUAUAGAACA